UAAUUUGCAGCUUCGAAGCAGACUCCGCGGUGGUAGGGGAAGAGGUUUUUGCUUCUGCAGAAUGACGAGAGCGGCUCUCUUCCAUUUGCUACGCUCACAAUCCAAACGUCUCUCACAAACAAACUUCAAUUCAGGUUAUCAUCUCCAAAGGUCAUCAGCAUGGACCAAUGAAAAAUGUGGACCCACCAGCAACUCCGUCUCCCAGCUCAGUGCAGUUCAGAAAAGAUGGGCAUCUCAAGCUACAAGAAGAGAAGAUGAAAGCAAGAUCAGCAUUGGACCGCGCAGAGACCAAGAAGCUGAGGAAGAUGAAAAAAACAUUGCUUAUGUGGGACCAAUCUCGUCCACCAUCAAGAAAGUGAAGCUUCUCUCUUUAUCCACAUGCUGCCUCUCGGUAUCGCUUGGCCCGGUCAUAACCUUCAUGACGUCCCCCGACAUGAAUGUGAUCCUGAAGGGUGCUGUUGCAUCUUCUGUGAUAUUCUUAAGCGCUACUACUACUGCAGCACUUCACUGGUUUGUGAGCCCCUAUGUCCAUAGAAUUAGAUGGAAACCAGGUUCAGACACUUUUGAGGUCGAGAUUAUGUCGUGGCUGGCAACUUACAUUCCUCGAACCAUUCGGUUUGCAGAUAUUCGACCACCAGAAACAAAUCGUCCCUUUGUGACGUUCAAGGCCAAUGGAAGCUUCUAUUUCGUUGACACAGAGCACUGUCAUAACAAGGCUUUGUUGGCCAGACUGACUCCUCCGCAGCACGAGUCUGCUUUUAGAAACUUGUGAUUUUCUGAGAGCUUUUUGUAUUUUCACCGAGUUGAUGAUAGCCAAUGAUAUGGCUGAACGAUGAGGUCAUAAAAAUCAUGUACUUUCACAAUGGAUAAAUUGCUUUACAUUUUGGUUAUGAGACCAUUUUUGUCAUAAAAA